AUGGGUGGCCCCAGCAGUCAAGGGGGUCAGCCUCUGGCUGGAGGCGGACCCACCUCAUUAUUUAUUUUAUCAGAGGAUAACAUCAUUAGGAAAUACACCAGAUUCAUUAUCGAAUGGCCGCCCUUCGAGUACGCUGUGCUGCUGACAAUCAUUGCCAAUUGCGUGGUAUUGGCUCUGGAGGAGCACUUACCUCACGGGGACAAGACGAUACUUGCUCAGAAGCUGGAAAAAACUGAAGCAUAUUUUUUGGGCAUAUUUUGCGUUGAAGCAUCACUGAAGAUCCUCGCCUUAGGGUUUGUAAUGCACAAACACUCCUACCUCAGGAACAUAUGGAACAUAAUGGAUUUUUUCGUCGUAGUAACGGGAUUCAUCACAUUAUUCCCCCAAAAGGGACCGGAAGUAGAUCUGAGAACACUGAGGGCGAUCCGAGUGUUGAGGCCCUUAAAAUUAGUUUCUGGAAUUCCUAGUUUACAAGUAGUCUUAAAGUCAAUCAUCAAAGCCAUGGCUCCAUUGCUACAGAUUGGAUUGUUGGUCUUGUUUGCAAUUGUUAUCUUUGCAAUCAUAGGCUUAGAAUUUUACUCGGGUGCUCUGCAUAGAAGUUGUUAUAGCUUAGAAGACAUCACUCAAAUCGUGAAAGAGGGCGAAUUUCCGACGCCUUGCAAUGCGGACAACGACACGAUAGCGCCAACCGGUGCGUACGUCUGCAACAGCAACGAUAGCACGUGCGUAGAGCAGUGGGAGGGUCCCAACUUUGGCAUUACCAGCUUCGAUAAUAUCGGUUUCGCUAUGCUGACCGUGUUCCAAUGCAUCACCAUGGAGGGUUGGACGGCAAUCUUAUACUGGACCAACGACGCCCUGGGUUCGACGUUUAAUUGGAUCUACUUCGUGCCGCUCAUCGUGCUGGGGUCCUUUUUCAUGCUUAAUCUAGUGCUCGGUGUGCUCAGCGGAGAGUUUGCGAAGGAGAGAGAAAAGGUAGAAAAUCGUCAAGAAUUUCUGAAGCUACGUAGGCAGCAGCAGCUAGAGAAAGAACUCAACGGCUACGUCGAGUGGAUCUGUAAAGCGGAGGAAGUAAUACUAGCCGAAGAGCGCACCACCGAAGAGGAGCGGCUGCACAUCAUGGAAGCCCGAAGACGUGCGGCUGCCAAGAGGAAAAAACUUAAAAAUCUCGGCAAAUCCAAAUCGACCGACACGGAGGAGGACGACCCGGACGACGAUUGUGGUGAUGAUGGUUACCUUAAAGCCAAAGUGAAAACGCAGGGCAAGUGUAAGGGCUUCUGGCGGGCUGAAAAACGGUUUCGAUUUUGGAUCCGACAUACCGUAAAAACGCAAUGGUUCUACUGGUUCGUCAUAGUGCUCGUGUUUUUCAACACGGUUUGUGUCGCCGUCGAACACUAUGGCCAGCCCAACUGGCUAACGCAAUUUUUGUACUACGCCGAGUACGUGUUUCUUGGCCUGUUCAUGAUGGAGAUGUGGAUUAAGAUGUAUGCCCUAGGGCCGCGAAUAUACUUCGAGUCGUCGUUCAAUCGAUUCGAUUGUGUCGUCAUUAGUGGCUCCAUUUUUGAAGUGGUCUGGUCCGAGGUUAAAGGUGGUUCGUUUGGUUUGUCCGUACUGAGAGCAUUGAGGUUGCUUCGAAUAUUUAAGGUCACCAAGUAUUGGUCCUCGCUCCGCAAUCUCGUGAUAUCGCUUCUCAACUCCAUGCGAUCCAUCAUAUCCCUGUUGUUCCUGCUAUUCUUGUUCAUACUGAUCUUUGCGCUACUCGGAAUGCAGCUCUUCGGUGGACAGUUCAACCUACCAGACGGCACACCUCCAACCAACUUUAACACAUUUCCCAUCGCGCUACUGACGGUGUUCCAGAUCCUAACCGGUGAGGACUGGAACGAAGUGAUGUACCAGGGCAUUGAAUCGCAGGGUGGCCACAAAAAGGGCAUGAUCUACUCGCUGUACUUCAUCAUUCUGGUGCUAUUCGGUAACUACACCCUGCUAAACGUGUUCUUGGCUAUCGCCGUCGACAAUUUGGCCAACGCACAAGAGCUUACCGCGGCCGAGGAGGAGCAGCUAGAGGAAAACAAAGAGAAGCAGCAGAUGGAGCUGGACAAGGAGAUGGAAGCGUUGCACAUGCAGAACGAUGGAUCGCCUCCCAGAGUCGAAGUUUCAUCACCAUCGCCUACGCGAGGGAAUGGAAGCGGGGGCAGUGUAAAGGUGAAGAAGAAAGACGAUGACAAGGAGGACGACGAUGACGAGAUACCGGAUGGUCCUAAGCCGAUGCUGCCGUAUUCGUCAAUGUUUGUGCUCUCACCGACCAACCCGAUUCGUUGCGCGGCCCAUUGGGUGGUGAAUCUCCGGUACUUUGAUUUCUUCAUCAUGGUCGUCAUUUCGCUGUCCUCGAUCGCGCUGGCGGCGGAAGAUCCCGUCGAGGAGGACUCGCCGCGCAAUGUUAUACUCAACUUUUUCGAUUAUGCGUUUACCGGCGUGUUCACGAUCGAAAUGUUGCUCAAGAUCGUCGAUCUGGGCGUUAUUCUACACCCCGGAAGCUACCUGCGCGAGUUCUGGAACAUCAUGGACGCCGUCGUCGUCAUCUGCGCUGCCGUCAGUUUUGGCUUCGAUAUGACCGGAAGCAGCGCUGGCCAAAAUCUGUCCACAAUCAAAUCACUACGGGUGCUACGCGUGCUGCGUCCGCUGAAAACAAUCAAACGGGUGCCAAAGCUGAAGGCAGUGUUUGAUUGUGUUGUCAACUCGCUCAAGAACGUCAUCAACAUCCUGAUCGUGUACAUACUGUUUCAGUUUAUCUUUGCUGUCAUCGCGGUGCAGCUGUUCAAUGGCAAGUUCUUCUAUUGCACCGACGACAGCAAGCAUACGAGUGACGAGUGCAAAGGUCACUUUUUCGUCUACGAUGGUGCCGAUCAACUGCCGAGGCGUGAGGCUAGGGAGUGGAAAACGCAAAGCUUUCACUAUGAUAACGUGGCGACCGCUAUGUUAACUCUGUUCGCCGUUCAAACGGGCGAAGGCUGGCCUCAAGUGCUCCAAAAUUCGAUGGCAGCUACCUACGAAGAUAAGGGUCCAAUUCAAAAUUUCCGAAUAGAAAUGUCCAUAUUCUACAUAGUGUAUUUCAUAGUGUUUCCAUUCUUCUUCGUUAACAUAUUCGUGGCCUUGAUUAUCAUUACAUUCCAAGAGCAAGGUGAAGCGGAACUACAGGAUGGUGAGAUAGAUAAAAAUCAGAAAUCGUGCAUAGAUUUCACGAUAGGUGCUAGACCAUUAGAGCGUUACAUGCCAAACAAGCGCAAUAGUUUUAAAUACAAAGUCUGGCGGAUCGUCGUCUCGACACCAUUCGAGUAUUUUAUAAUGAUGCUUAUCGUGUUCAAUACCUUAUUGCUGAUGAUGAAGUAUCACAAUCAAGGAAAAGAGUUUGAGAAAUCGUUAAAAUAUCUCAACAUGGGAUUUACCGGGAUGUUUAGUGUUGAAACAAUACUGAAAAUAAUAGGAUUUGGCGUCAAGAAUUUUUUCAAGGACCCUUGGAAUAUAUUCGAUUUUAUAACAGUUAUUGGAAGUAUUAUCGACGCUUUAGUUUUAGAAUUAGGGGAAAAUUCCUUCAACGUUGGAUUCCUAAGACUGUUUCGUGCUGCACGAUUAAUCAAACUGCUGCGUCAAGGUUAUACAAUACGUAUAUUACUUUGGACAUUUGUUCAAUCAUUCAAAGCACUGCCAUAUGUCUGUUUGCUGAUUGCCAUGCUAUUUUUUAUCUACGCAAUUAUUGGCAUGCAGGUAUUUGGGAAUAUUGAGCUAGAUCCUGAAUCAUCUAUCACUAGACACAACAACUUCCGCUCAUUUGUCCAAGGGCUGAUGUUAUUGUUCAGAUGUGCUACGGGCGAGUCGUGGCCGAACAUUAUGCUGGCAUGUCUCAAAGGGAGACCGUGUGACCCAAGAGCAAAAAAAACGAACGAAACGUGCGGAUCGACACUGGCCUACGCAUACUUCGUGUCGUUCAUCUUCUUCUGCUCAUUUCUUAUGUUGAAUUUGUUCGUCGCCGUUAUCAUGGACAACUUUGACUAUCUCACGCGUGAUUCCAGUAUUCUUGGUGCUCACCAUCUGGACGAAUUCGUUCGGAUAUGGGCAGAAUAUGAUCCUAAUGCUACGGGUAAAAUACAUUACACCGAAAUGUAUGAUAUGUUAAAGAACAUGGAUCCUCCCUUGGGAUUUGGUAACAAAUGUCCCAAUCGACUCGCCUAUAAAAAGCUCAUACGAAUGAACAUGCCACUCGAUGCGGAGGGUAAGGUCGCCUUCACAACAACGCUGUUUGCGCUGAUACGGGAAAAUCUCAACAUUAAAAUGAGGACCGCCGAGGAGAUGGAUCAAGCCGAUAUGGAACUGCGGCAAACAAUCAGCCACAUAUGGCCCCUGCAGGCUAAAAAGAUGCUCGACCUGCUCGUCCCGCUGAACGAAGAGCUGAACACGGGCAAACUGACCGUGGGCAAGAUAUACGCCGGUCUGCUGAUCCUAGAGUCUUGGCGCAACACCAAGUUUGGCCAGGUUGAGUCUGAUCUGCCGGUAAGUGAGCUGCAGGAUGUUUCAAGGCAACCCUCGCUGGAGUCCCUAACUCCGGCUGACGGUCAUCUUCAUCCCGGGCAUGCAUAUCAUAACGGGCAUCGAAGGUCGCCCAGCUUGAGACGGGAAUCUCCACUGGUACGGACGCCAAGUCCGAGGAAGCGUCAUCACCAGCACGAGAUUGGUUUUUCCGACACCGUGUCCAAUGUGGUGGAAAUUCAAAAGGAGGAACACAGACGUGGUAGGCAUCAUUUCGGCUAUGCGCACAGGCACAACCGAGGUUCCUGGUCAGCGUCCACCAGCCCUGCCCGUUCGCCAUCGCCAAAUCGUUUUGGUGUACAUAGUAGUGCCCAGCAUCGCAGUAGUAAAGACCGUUCCAAAAAUCACCUUGUCCAUCAACCGUACGAUACGACGAUCCUCUGCGAGCGAUCGCGCUCGCCCAGUCCGGCCCAGCUGCUGCAAGAGCUGCGGGAUCGCGACCAAGCCCGGCGGAAGUACCGCAACGGAAUGGGUUCAACAGGUUCACACGUGCAGCACAGCUAUCCGGUGCUAGUUACACGCCGCCAAGGACAUGGCCGCCGACUACCACCGACACCGUGCAAACCGUCGACACUGCAGCUGAAGCAGACCAACAUCAACUUCCCGAAGCUGAACGCGAGCCCUACGCAUACCGGCCACUCGUCCCACAACACUCCGCACAGUGUUCACUCGCUGCCCCAGUCGAGGGAGUUUCUCCGCGAGCGGGAUCGGGACCGUGAUCGAGAUCGCGAUCGGGACCUCUACUAUCGUGAGCGCGAUCGGGAACGCGAUCGCGAGCGAUUCCGCAAUAGCCGGGCGGAGCGCAGCCACGACGACUACAGCCUGCGAUUCGAGUUCCGCGACCGGGAGCGGGAGCUGUACGAGCGCGAGCGGGAAAUUGAACGCGAAUUUGAGCGGGAGUACGAAAGAAUGGAACAUUCCGUGCCACUGUCGUACGAGCAGGCGCUUGCCAUGGGCCGCACGGGAGGCCGAGUGCUACCGUCACCGAUCCUGAACGGUUACAAGCCUAAGGGGGCCCUCCACUCGAGGCACUCCGAUUCGGACGACGAAGACUGGUGCUAGCACAGGGUGAGAAGACGGCCAGGAGAUCGAAAGCGACGCGAGCAGAUUUGGGUCUGAUUCUGUGAGCUCCACAGUCCCGCCAAACCUCCACAGCGAUUCGAGACGCUCCCCUAAGUAGCGUUGUAGGCAUUCGAACGCGUAGCUCUGAAGCGGUCUAUGAAACCGAAUCAGCUCUGUUAUGCAGAUGCCACAAACCAUUUUCUGGUCACCAGCGCUGGAACCAAUCGCAAACAAUGUAAGAUAGAUGGAGU